AUGGCGACGGGGGACCCGGACCCCGGGGCGCCCCAGGCCGCCCUGCCGCUGGCCGCGCUCAACGUGCGGGUGCGGCGGCGCCUGUCGCUGUUCCUCAACGUGGCGGCGCCCGUGGCGGCCGACUGGACGGCGCUGGCCGAGGAGCUGGGCUUCGAGUACCUGGAGAUCCGCCAGCUGGAGGCGCUCGGGGACCCCACGGGCCGCCUGCUGGACGCCUGGCAGGGCCGCCCGGGCGCCUCGGUGGGCCGCCUGCUCGAGCUGCUCGCCAAGCUGGGCCGCGACGACGUGCUGCUGGAGCUGGGGCCCAGCAUCGAGGAAGAUUGCAAGAAGUAUAUUCUGAAGCAGCAGCAGGAGGAGAAUGAGAAGCCCCUCCAGGUGUCCGCUGUGGAGAGCAGCGACUCCCGCUGGGCAGAGCUGGCGGGCAUCACCACCCUGGAUGACCCUCUAGGGCAGGCGCCUGAGCUUUUCGAUGCUUUCAUCUGCUACUGCCCCAGCGACAUCCAGUUUGUCCAGGAGAUGAUCCAGCAGCUGGAGCAGACCAACUACCGGCUGAAGCUGUGUGUGUCCGACCGAGACGUGCUGCCCGGCACCUGCGUUUGGUCCAUCGCCAGCGAGCUCAUUGAGAAGAGGUGCCGCCGGGUGGUGGUCGUCGUCUCGGACGAUUAUUUGCAGAGCAAGGAAUGUGACUUCCAGACCAAGUUUGCGCUCAGCCUCUCUCCAGGCGCCCACCAGAAGCGACUGAUCCCCAUCAAGUACAAGGCCAUGAAGAAGGAGUUCCCCAGCAUCCUGCGCUUCAUCACUGUCUGCGACUAUACCAAUCCUUGCACCAAGUCUUGGUUCUGGACUCGCCUCGCCAAGGCCCUCUCCAUGCCCUAAAGCUGGCGCUGGGCCCUUGGGGGCCCUUGGGGGUGCAGGAGUGUCAGCAUGGCUUUGCGGAGAGGCUCUACCUCUCAGAGAUCUGCACCCAUUGACCCUCCCUGGGUGCCAUCAUGCCCCAGGUCCUGCAUAUCCUAUGGCUGUGAAUAUCCUAUGGCCACUUGCCAGUCAGGACUAUGCCAUCUGGCUUUAAGAGGAGGACAGCAAGACUCAGUGCCUCAAUCUGAAAACUGCAUAAUAUGAAGAGAACUGACAAGUGCUGUUCAGCUUUCUGUGGAAAAUGGCAGAGUCACUGUUCCUGGGGGCACCAGUCUUGCCCUAGAGCAAGUUGACCGCUAACCUAAAGGCUGGCCACUACCAGCACAGGGCACUGACUGCAGCUUCCACCACAGUGGUGCCUUGGGAUGCCGCAGAGGCCUCUUGCCCACCUCAACUCCCUUUCUCUCCUGUCCAGUGGCCCAGCCCAGGGGUCCCUGGUUUCCCAAUAGGUCUAGCUCAUAUAUGACUGA